AUGGAACCCCGUGACCCCAGCGGUCAUUUAAUUGUUGUUUUAGAGCUCGAAUUGUCCGGCGAGGUCCGAUAUGUUUCGCCUACGUGGACGCUAUUGACGGGGCUGUCGACGGCGGAUUGCGUGGGGCGGCCGAUCGCGUCCCAGAUAUCCGGGCAGCAGGGCGCAGGCGGGGAGGACGUUCGGGCAAUCGCCGCUUUGCUGGUGAGAUUGAGAGAAAACGACCUGCAAUUCGCUCAAUUUGACCUCAAAACGUCAGAAAACUCGUCUAUACCGGUUGAAGGUCAGGGAAUCCUAGUAGGCGAGCCUGGAAGCCGCUAUCCGCUGUGGCUGAUAUCCAAGCAAGAGCCGCCUGACGAAAUUGAUGUAAUCUUGCCCGCCCGCUUGGCCAACAUUGUUGGUUUUGGGGUCGAAGUUCUGGCCAAUUUCCUCGACAGGCUCAUUACAGCCGUCAAAGAUCAGGCAUCGGCGCUGCCUGCCCCUCCAACUGAACUCUGCCAUAUCUGUGACCGGUACGUCCAUGCGUGGUGGUAUGAGCGCCAUUGCGAAUUGUGUUUGAUUAUUUCCGAAACAGAGGACGAGGUUCUGCGCUGUCAUGAGGCUCUGCAAGAGCAGCGUCAGAUGGUUUCAGCCAUGCUUGCCGCUGCUCCGGGCGAACCUAUCGAAUACCGCGGUUCUUUUUUAGCAGUGAAAAGGUCGGGGCCAAUACCGUCUCAGUCGAGAUUUGCAGUCCGUGUUUCUUCCCCCCUGGCUUCUGCAGAUGAUCCUGUGAGAGAUGUUCUGCUUGAUAUUUUAGACCGUUGUGACCAGGGCCUGAGUGUUGACAUUCCUUCAGACACCGAUAGCGGUGCAAGUGAAGAAUUGACGUUUGACUUUGAGGUAACACCGCUCAAAAGAUCAAACAGCACAAACUCUGCCGACGUCACGUUCACUCGACCCCAGAAAAAGCCACAUUUACAGUCGUUGGUUGAACCGAUUGUUUGUGAGAUAUCUGAGCUCGACUGUGUGGUCAAGGACACUAUGGAUCUGAUUGCUGCCAAAACAUCGGCCCUCAAUCGUUUGGAAUCACAUCUCCAGUACACAAAACAGUUGUCUAAAGAGGUUGAAGUCCAGGUUCGCUCGGCUAUCGACUCGGCAAUUGCAGCCGCGUCUGAGGGGGCCAAAGUCGACGUGGACGUUAGCAACGCCGCACCAAUUCGAAGAGGCUCCGAUUAUCUCAGUCCCUUUGAUUCGCCGUGUGCGUCUCCGUCACUCAGCCCUCACCACUCCCCGCAUCUCUCUCCUCACAUCUCGCCAAACCCUCCGCCAUCACGCUUGGUGGCAACCCGCAGGCCUAGCCAGCUUCACAGAGCAUUCCGCAGAGCAAGCAUGUCAUCGUCGGUUUCAAGCAGCCCAUCAAGUGAAGUUGCUGAACGUCGUCUUUCCAUCACAAAGCCUGUGGUUGCUGGCAAACCCGUCUUGCCCUCCAUUCAUGAUUUCACGGUCAUAAGCCCGAUCUCUCAAGGUGCAUUCGGUGUUGUCCAUCUUGCCCGCAAGAAACUCACGGGCGAGUAUUUUGCUAUAAAGACUAUGAAGAAAAGUGACAUGGUUCAAAAGAAUCAGGUUACAAACGUCAAGGCGGAACGGUCGAUUAUGAUUUCGACUGCAGACUCACCCCACGUCGCCAAGCUCUAUUUUACAUUUCAAAGUCGUGACUUUUUGUAUCUUGUCAUGGAGUUUCUGAAUGGAGGUGAUGUCGCAUCUUUGUUGCAUUCAGUAGGCUGCCUCACGGAAGAGUGGGCCCGCCAGUACGCGGCCGAGACUGUCAUGGCCAUUGAGUCGGUGCAUGCGCAGGGUGUGAUUCAUCGAGAUUUGAAACCUGCCAAUCUGCUUAUCGACAGCAAGGGACAUCUCAAGCUUUCGGAUUUUGGACUGGCUAUUCGCGCAGAUGAGCCUCGUCGGCCUCGCUCAGAAACCCGCCUUCCGGGGAUGUCUGCGGUUUCUCGCGAUGUUUCUCCUUUUCAUUUGGAUACUAAAACUACCCAGCCACCUACUUUCGUUGGCACCCCGGAUUACGUUGCCCCUGAAACGAUCAACAACGUUCGCCCCAGUAAUGCCACAGAUUGGUGGUCUCUUGGGUGCAUUAUUUUCGAGCUAGUCUAUGGUUACCCACCUUUCAAUGACGAAACACCACAAAAGGUUUUCGACAACAUUCUUGCCCGACGCAUAAACUGGCCCCAGCUCGAGCCAGAACAGGACAUCUCCGCGGAGGCCAAAGACCUCAUUGACAAGCUAUUGGACUUGGAUCCUGAAACUCGUCUCCACGAUGUUGCAAGGAUCAAAUCGCACCCGUUUUUUGCUGAAACCAAAUGGCAUAGUUUAUACGACAUGGAGCCAACAUUUGUCCCUAAAACGUCCGCAGAAAGUGUCGCUUACUUUGAUGCUCGAGGUGCACCUGCUCUUCCUGAGGAGCUUGCGGCUGGCCUGGAUACCCAGGCGUCUACUCCAGAACAUCGUCAGUCAAGUGGUGCCGUAUCAACGUAUACUGGUAGUCCGGGAAGCAGUUCGGGGCGCCACCACUUUAGAUUGAGCACUGGAAGUGUACGGACUUCAAGCCCGACUUCUUCGGAGAUUCUCCGGCUUGAUUCUUCUGCUGAUGAAUUCGGAGCCUUUUCCUACAAAAAUCUGUCUGAGCUCGAACGGGCAAACAAACAGGUCAUCACCAAACUUCGCAUCGAGGGUGAGCGCCGUCACUCAAUCACUUCGUCAAGUCGGUCGCCCCUGCUUGUUGCUACAAGCUCCUGGUCUGAUCACUACGACAGCCCUCAUUCAAGCGAUACUGACGAUGCACGAAACGUGCAUGCAUCCUCUGGUAGUGGUUCAGCUACGAAUUCUGGGACUUCUAGUGCAGCGAACUCCACGGCCACGCUCUUGCUGACUCGAGUUGAGCGCCGGCGUCGUAUUUCACAUCGCAACAGCGGUAUACGCGAGACCGGCCAACUCCGGAAUUACGCCCCGGACGUGUUGGUCUGUAGCACCAGUCCAACUGUCGUGCCCAGCCUAGAAGCAGUGUUGACAACACUCGGCUGUAAUGUUAUCGAAAGUACGACCCGUGAUGAGGCUCUGCGCACGGCGGCGGGACUGACAAAGUUCGAUCUCAUUAUCGUGAGUGACGAUUUCAAGGCUGCUAUUAACGCAAUAGAGUUUUGCAACGUUGUCCAAUCAACAUCCAAUGCCAACACAAACACGCCUAUUGUUCUUGUCACAAGUAACCAGAACCAACCGUUGGGUCCUUUUGACGGUAGGCUUAGUAUGCCGCCGACUGAAGAGAAGGUCUCACGGUUGCUUCAGGACAUGUGUGGGUGGUGUCCCUCGUAG